ACUCCCAUCAAAGUGAAACGCCCAACAAAGAAAAACACCAGCAAGGAAAAAUGGACAGUAAUCCUGAGGCAUCUUAUGGACAUGGCCAACUGCAGUCUGCAAGUUACGGGGAGUUUUGUAAUCCGGUGACUGAUCAAGAACCAGAAAUGAGGUGCUUAGCUCCUACGACUUUAGAACCGGCAAGCCCUCAGCAAAAGUCCCAUCCUCAACGCCCGUUACAAUGCAUGCCUCUACAGGAACCUGCACAUGGAUCCGACCAACAACAUUUAACAAAUUACCAGGCUCCUCUUGCUGUUCUUCAAAGUAAUCUUGGCCGUAACGGCGCUAGAACAGAGCUGGUUGAGAGUGCCACUGAUUUCACAGCUAAUCCAUCAAAUCAGUAUGAUAUGGAACUUUACAAUAUCAUGUAUCCGAAAUUUAAUGGCAGCUUUGAUGAAUUCCUUAUUCAGCAGCCAGCAACUCAACCCAAAGGCCUAAUAGACAAUAUUACAUACGUUUCUGCAUUGCCUGAUUUUCAGCAGACUAAAGAUAAUGAUGUAGAACAGCCAUCAAUUAUACUUGUGGAGUAUGAAGUAUAUGACCUGGUUCAAGUAUGCAGCGAAUCAGGCCCGCACCUAACAAAUUGGGAUGCAGACAAAGAGCAGCAAACAUUCCAGCAUACAUAUAAACUACCAGAUGGAGAAAUGAUCUUAAUUGGUAUGGAUGAAAAAGACAGCCUGGUACAAAUUUCUACAGUCUCUGAUUUGUGGGUAAAGCUCGCAACCCCUGGUGAGAAUCUUAAGCAAUUCUUGCGUAAGAACUGGUCUAACAUGUUGCAUUAUUUACCAGUUAUUUACCAGUCAAAGCAAUGUCGCUGGCAGGAAGAGGAACCCGAUCCAAAGGAUUUAAAGUUAUGGUUCAAGGCUAUCACGGAAAAGUACUGGACUGUAAUGCUGGGGAAGACAGACAAGAUCCCCACAAAUGAAGAGGAAGGCAUCAUGUGGCAGAAAAAAUUUAUGGAAAGAUGUGAAACAGUCAGGCCACGUGCCAGAGGAAGGCCUUAUUAAUUCUCAACCUCAUGUUACCAGAAAAAUGUA